CUCACACUCGACAAAAACAACUGCGUCUGCGCAUCGACGAAACGUCAUCAACAAGCGACAUGGCAACUUUAACGGGACAACAUAUGUGAAACGUUGGUGUUUAAAUCUUGUAAAGUUACAGCCUUUGAACCUCGCUGCUCUCUCCUGCUUUGCUGCAACAUCGUGUUUCGAUUCGCUGAUGAAUCCGUUAAUUAGACGGAGACUUCCUCCGUCAGUGAGGAGUCUUCUGACAGACAUCGGUCCGAAGGAGGAGUGGACCGACACGGAGCCCGAGACCGUAACGAAAGAUGGGGUUCUGCUCCCGUCGAGAGGAGCUGCGUCUGGACAAGAGGAGUUUCUCUCGCCAGCCAAGACCCGACAGGACGAGGCUGCAGAGGAUGGAACUAAUACCAGGAUCGCUUCAGUCUGCAUGUUGUGCAAAUGUAAACCUUCUUGCUACACCUGCCCCCGCUGUAACCUCCAUUACUGUGGAUUGGCUUGCUACCAGAGCCCAGAUCACUCCGCAUGCUCUGAGGAAUUUUACAAAGAGUCUGUUCUACAGGAGCUGAAGGACAUGGGGAAAACAGAAGCUGAGGGUAGAAAGAAAAUGCAGGAGAUUCUCGUGGGACUCAGACAAAAGGCAGAAAGGACACACGGGGGGAUGGAAAGUUUGCUUAAAGAAGCGGGUGUUGUGCAAGAUGACACGGAUGAAGGCGAAGACGAGGCCACAGAGAAAGUGCAGGUUAUGGAACUCCUGUCCAGGUUAGCAGAGCUUCAACAGUCUGGAGAAGAGAGUACAGCAGAGAUUGAGGACAUUUUAGGAAAACUUGAAGAGAUAGGAGGAACAGCGCCGACGCCUGGAGUAGCAGACGAGGACGCUGAAAGUGUAGAAGGGGAUCUGGACCUGGCUGAUCGGCUCUCAGGGCUGGACAUUGAUAAACUGUCAGAAGAGGAACUGUGGGAGCUUCUCAACGGCAAAGAGAAAGAGAUGUUUAUGGGUUUGAUGAAGGGCGGAGCUCUUGGUGGGCUGGUUCCCCUGUGGAAGCCGUGGUGGGAGGAGCACGAGGAUGGAGGGAGAUCACUGGUGGAAGUGCUUGAGGAAGAAGUAAGCAAACUAGAGAAUGACACAUCAUCUACUGUGAACGAGCAGGAGAUUGACAGUAGAGUCAAGAGAAAACAGGAAGUGGUUCACAAACAGGGCAAAACAGAUAAACAGUUGAAAAACCUUAAAGGAAAAACAAGCAAAGACAAAGGAAGUGCAGGAGUGCAGAGUGUUCCCCCAGUUUCUGCAAAAAUUCCAAAGAUGAGUUCUUUAUGUGCAAAUCCCUCUCCUCUGGUUUGUUAUGGUGUGGUCAAUGCACUUUUUGGCUAUUCUUUCACCCUGAGCCUGUUAAACGGCGACACUGAGUCACUGAUGUUUGAGUUCUGUGACAUGGUACUUGCUCUUUCUGAGGCACUAAACUCAAACAGGGUUUUCAAUUCUGUCCAAGAGGCCUUAGACUGUGGAGAAUCUCUGAUUAUAAGUGGAGGUUACCGCGACAAGGAGGAUCCUCUUGCCCCAGCCAGGGCUGUGGAGGCUGUGGCUCACAUUAUGACCGGGAGAGACAGAAAGGAUGCCACGGGUUACUGCCUGGCGGCCUUGAGUCAGCUUCGCUCUGUGCUAUCACAGGCCAGAACAGUCCUGUCCAAAGAGGGAGAAGAAGGGACAAAGAGACAGAGGUACUUCCUUGCAAGCAAGAAGUGUGAGUUCUUCCAAGCCUGGGUGUUGGACAAUGCACCACACACUCGUAGACUGGCUGUUGAGUUGUGGAGUGAACACACCAAAAGAGAGAGUGUAAGGAACAGCAUGGAGAAAGAAAAGAGUGUAGUGGACGAUCAUUUGAAGAAACAGAAGAGGAAAGGGAAUAGUAAGUUGAUUGAAGAACUGACCUAAUGGUGUCUUUCUUGAACAUGUAUAAUUAAAAAAAUAUGUAAUAAAAUAUGUCAAACCUGAA